GGAGAGAGUGGAGGAGGGGUGGAGAGUGUGAGCAUCUUUUGCAGUCGUUCAGGCUGGCAGAGAGGCAGUUUGAUUGGCUGAGGGGAAGAAUAGCGUCACGGCCACACUGAGGGGAGCUCUGAGGAUGCACGGCUGAGCUGGGAGGAAACACAUUACAUUCACUGGGAGUUUGCAUGGAGAAGAGCUGAGCCUUCAACCAGCUGCACACUGGGAAGUGACAUCUUCUGCAAAUUAAUACGACCCUCAGGUGAUAUCGUCUGGACUCAAACAUCACCUUAAGGACUCUUCAUAUCCAGCCGUCGUUGAUCCGUCUGCUCUAACAGCUCUCCAGCUAUGAACUACCUGCGCCGGCGUCUCUCUGACAGCACCUUCAUCUCCAACCUACCCAAUGGCUACAUGACGGACCUCCAGAGGCCUGAUCCCGCUCAGCCGCCUUCCCCAGCUACAGCAGCCCCACCCAAAUCUCCCACGGUGGGGUCGACGCCGCCUGUCACCUCCCCUACCCCCUCCCCGGCCCCGGAGAGGAAACCCCAGCCGUCCCAGUCCAGCGGGGCAGGCUUCUUCAGCUCCAUAACCAAUGUAGUCAAGCAGACUGCUGCCUCAGCAGGGCUGGUGGAGCAGUCCGCGGUCACGACAGCCAAGAAGUUCAAGAUCCUCCUGGUCAUCGAUGAACCACAGCAGGAAUGGGCCAAACUCUUCAGAGGGAAGAAAGUGCAUGGAGAUUAUGACAUCAAAGUCGAACAGGCUGAGUUCAGUGAGAUCAACAUCAUAGCUCAUGCCAAUGGGAGCUGUAAUGUGGACAUGCAGGUUCUGAGAAAUGGUACCAAGGUGGCCAGGUCAUUCAAGCCUGACUUUGUCCUUAUCCGCCAGCACGCCUUCAGUAUGACCCAGAAUGAGGACUUCCGUAACCUGAUCAUUGGUCUGCAGUAUGGAGGCAUCCCCAGUAUCAACUCCCUGGAGUCCAUCUACAACCUGUGUGAUAAGCCCUGGGCGUUUGCACAGCUAAUAAGCACCUACAGGAAGCUUGGUGCAGAGAAGUUCCCUCUGAUUGAACAGACCUUCUAUCCCAACUACAAGGAUAUGGUUGCCAUGCCAACGUUUCCUGUCGUUGUGAAAAUUGGGCACGCUCACUCAGGAGUAGGAAAGGUGAGGGUAGAUAACCACAGUAAAUUCCAGGACAUCGCCAGUGUGGUGGCUCUCACCCAAACCUACACCACCACUGAGCCUCUCAUUGACUCCAAGUACGACAUCAGGAUCCAGAAGAUUGGCAAUGACUACAAAGCUUACAUGAGGACCUCAAUCUCUGGCAACUGGAAGACCAACACAGGCUCAGCCAUGCUGGAACAAGUGGCCAUGACUGACAGGUACAAGCUGUGGGUUGACACCUGCUCAGUGAUCUUCGGAGGGUUGGAUAUCUGUGCUGUCAAAGCCAUUCAUGGGAAGGAUGGGAAAGAUUACAUAACGGAGGUGGUGGGGUCCUCCAUGCCACUGGUAGGAGAGCAUCAGGCAGAGGACAGGCAGCUCAUCACUGACAUGGUGGUAGCCAAGAUGAACCAGGCAGUAGGACGGACACCCACUGGGUCCCCUAACAGACCUACCACCAUGCAGCCAUCACAGAGUGGUGGCCAGAAGGACCUCGUGGUUGAUCCCAAGACUGGCACUGCACACCCUCCUCAAGGGGGCCGGGUGGAACCCCAAAGUCCCAGACCUGAUCCAAAGUCAACUCCUAAAGCUUCUGCUAAGGACUCAAGCCAGAGGCCUACCCCAACCACACAGCAGCCCCAGUCAGCGAGUCAGGGAAAGCCCAGACCAGGAGUUCUGGGGGCUCAACAAACACCUCCAGCACAGCCUGCCAAGCCUGCACCCCCAAGACAGCGCAACUCAGCGCCUCAGCUCCAACCCGAGUUCAAGGCACCUCCACAGGCCUCAGCCCUGCCCCAGCCUGAGCCACUGGCCCAACCCCAAAAUGAGCCAACGACUCAGGCACAACAGAAGGACCUGAGCCCUGAGCAGAGCCAGCCUCCAGUGGUAGAGCAGCCAACAGCAGAGGAAAAAGCACAGGCACAUCCAUCGCUGAAUAAAUCUCAGUCCCUGACCAAUGCCUUUGGUCUGAAGGAAACAUCCUUCUUUCGUACAGCCAGUGAAGAUGUGGCUAAAGCCGAGACCAUGCGCAACUUGAGGAAGUCUUUUGCAAGUCUGUUCUCUGACUAGACGCAGUGUGGGUUGAAUAUCCCUGAAACAGAGGGAAUGAAACAUGAGGUACCAAAACCAGUCUCUGUGUCAUCAACUUCACAAAGUGUUACAGUUAACCUCCUUCCUGUUUAUCUAGAUACAUACAUACUGUGCAUGCUAUAUCAUUACAGUACUACAAUUGAUGGUAUGACUUGUUGAGAUGCAAGUCGAGAGAUGUAAAGUUUGUGUUGAUCAUGCAGUAGUGUGGGUGUCACUGUUGGGCAGAAGAGCAUCAAACCAUCUGUAAUGUGCAUUUAUGACUUUUGAAUGUUGUAGCUUUAUUGUAAAUGUGUUUAAUAGUUUGAAUGUGUACGGUCUGCCAUUAGCAUAAGCAUAAUAUUUUAGUGGUAUUGUGAUAGGCAUUUGGCUUUGUUUGUAGACAUUAUUGUUGACAUGAGUAUAUCCACUGAUGUUUUCUGCAGUCCUACAACUCUUAAUAAAGUUACCAUGCAUCAAUAA